AUGAGCGGAUUGGAGGUAGCAGGUAUCGUUCUUGGUGCCUUUCCGUUACUCAUAAGCGGCAUCGAGCAUUGGCGUGAUGUUGCGAAGGUCGGCGGCUUUUACUGGCGGAUACGUAAGGAAUACACCAAAUGCCAGCGCGAUAUCCAGUUUUAUGAAAUCGUGUAUAAGAACAACCUCAAAGAACUCUUGUUGCCACUCCUUCACGAUAUUGAUGAAGUUGCGAAGCUCAUCGCAAACCCGGGGGGUCUAAGGUGGAGUGAUAAGGCGUUACAAAAACAACUGGAAUGCAGGUUGAAAGAGUCAUACCAAUCGUAUUUGGAUACUAUGGCUGAAAUGAACGAGAUCGCUGAAGAACUCAAGAAAGAGUUAUGUUUUGACGAGAAGAAUGUUCAGGAUAAGCUCUUACCACCGGAGGCAAAACGACGGAGCGCCAAUCGGUCGCCAAGUCCUCAACAGGGUGCAAGACCUUCGAAGUUAUCCACUGCAAAGGGCAGACUGGAUUAUGAGUUCUUCCGAAUGAAGUUCAGUAUUGGGGAAAGGAUCAGAGGUGAGCUUUUUGGACAACUGAAAGAAUGUAAUGAGCGCCUGGAGAAGUUGCUGGGCUCCAACGAUAGAGUCUCUGCACUCCAAGAUUCUGCACCUGGAUCUACCAGAACAACCUCCGAGUCGGAGUCCGCUUUCAAAAAGAUCUCCAAGAAAUCAAAUCUGUUGUUUCAGGCGCUGCAGAAUGCAUGGCAGUGCUCGUGUCAACAGUACCACUUCGCGAACCUGAGACUUGAGCAUCGAACAUUUACCGAAGUAUGUUUCGAGAUCGUCUUC